AUGGCCUGGCCCUGCAUCAGCCGCGUGUGCUGCCUGGCCCGCUUCUGGAGCCAGCUGGACAAGUCCGACCUCUCCGUGCCGCUCACCAUCCACAACUACUCGGACAUCGAGGAGCAGGAGGACGGAGCGGCCCAGCGCGCCGGGCCCCCACCGCGGAGCAGCGCCCGCCCGCCGGCCCCCCGCCCGCGGGACUCCGCGGCCGGGAAGCCGAGCGGUCGCAGGAAGAGCCGGGCGGUUACCGCUGGGGAGCCCUUCGCGGCGGAGACCCAGUACCGCCGGGACUUCAGAGCGUGGCCCCUCCCGAGAAAGGACGCCUUCCCCUGGGUCAGCGCCAGCAGCGGCGGUGGCGGCGGCGUGAGGGACGGGGCCGCCCCCCAGCCCGCCCCGGGCCGCUCCGCCUGCGCCCUGCCCGGCGGCGGCGGGAGGUCGGUGGCGGACGCCUACAGCGGCCCCGAGCAGCUCCGGCCGCGCUCGCAGGCGGACGGCGGUCACACAACCUCCUACCACACAACCUCCUACAGGCAAGAGUAUCGCCCAUGGACUGGAGCAAAACCAUCAAAGCCUAUAAAGACAAAGCAAGGCUUUAUUAUUCCAGAAGACCAUUUUGUUCAAGAGACAAGCUACAAGGCGGAUUUUAAGCAGAUCCCAGAGGUGAAGACCAGGUUUUCCCCCAACCCUUCUGCUGUUUUCCAGGCACCGUCACGGAUCCUCAACGUGUGA